AUGUACGAGACCAAGGCGGAACAGCAGGACUUGAAGCGAGGGGCGGCCGCUGCUGCAAUUCACUCCGCGCUUGAUGCUGUCAGUGGAAACCCGGAGAAAAAGAGCAAAAUUACGGAUUUCUUUGGCAAUGAGGCGACGUGCGCCAAGGAGGACGCGGAUAACGCGCUUUGCCUUCUAUUCGCGGCGCUGAAACUUCCGGAGUGCAUUGCGGACGAUCCGGUCUUCCGCUACGCGGUCCAGUGCAUUGCGCGCGCUGGACCUGGGUACGUCCCUCCUAAGAGGCGCUACAUUGGAGGGGCAGGCUUGAAGAAGGUGCGGCAGAAAAUGGAGGUCGCGCUCGCCCCCGUUGCCGCGAGCUGGAAGCGGGACGGGGUAACGGUGUCGUCGGACAUGAUGACCGACCGUUGUGGCCGCCCCCAGGCCAACGUGCUCCUUGUCAACGACUCCGGCGUAGUUUUCGAGCAGGCGGUGGACUGCAACAUGGAGUCGAAGACCGGGGGGUACAUCGCCAGCCUUCUCCGCCCUGUCAUUGAUAAGGAGGGGCCGGAGAAUGUGGUGGCGGUCUACACCGAUGGCGGCAGCAAGUGGUGGAAGCAGGUGCUCAAGCCUGCGGGAACCAGGUUCGGGACACAAUACAUAGCCAUGGCCCGGCUAUGUGAGGUGAGGAGUGGGCUGGCGGCGAUGGUGCUCAGCGACGAGUGGAAGGUGUGGGCAGCGGCGGACAAGGAUAGGAAGACAGCAGCUGAGAAAUUCAGGGCUGCUGUGAUGGAUGAGGAGUGGUGUGGGGUGGCGGAGUUCUUUACCUCUCUCAUGGCGGUGCUAUUCAAGGCCAUGCGGGCCACGGACUCUUCCGCGAAAGGCAUGAUGGACAUCACCAAGAUUGUGAAGGACAGGUGGGACAACUCCCUUGCCUGCCCCAUGCAUGUGGUUGGCCGGAUCCUGAAUCCGGCCAACCAGGAGGAGGGAAUUUUCAGGAACGAUGUGGAGUGCACGCGGGUGUUCAAGGACUACAUCGAGCGCCACUAUGACAACAAGACUUUCAAGCGUGGCAAGGAUGGCGCCCCUCGCCGCGCCUCCCUUGUGCUGCAGGAGGCAUUGCUGGCCUACAUCAACAUGGAGGGCAGCUUUGGCAAGCCGGGCGCCAUUUCUGCAAGGGAGGCAGUGAAGAAGGGGGAGAUGAGCAUGGUGCAGUGGUGGUCGUUGCACAGCACCGAGUAUCCUGAGCUUGCUGCCCUCGCAUGCCGGGUGCUCACUCAGCCCGUCUCGGCUUCCCCAUGCGAGCGUGGCUGGGCGCAGUGGGAAGGCGUCCACACCGCCCGCCGCAACCGGCUUGGGUCCGCCAAGUGUGCGGACCUCGUCUACAUUGCGCACAAUUUCAACGUUGUGCGCAAUUGGUACAAGAAGGAUGGGGGCAGCACGGUUGUGCCCGGUAACAUCCCGGAUGCCCCUAUCCCCCCCAGCUAUAACAUGGAUGAGGAGGAGGAUGACAUGCUGGGGGAGGAUGGAGAGGAUGCAGUGCUGGCGGAUGAGUAUGGGAAAGGUGUGGUGGUGGAAAAGCCCCGCAAGGAAAUCGGUUGUGGGGAAGCUAGCUAG